AUGGAUAGCCUAAAUCACACCCAGGUGACCCAUUUUGUGUUCUUGGGUCUGACGAGGAACCACAGGCUGGAGCUGACUUUGUUUGUCGUCUUCUGCCUCGUGUACCUGCUCAUCUUAGCGGGCAACCUCCUCAUCAUGGUCACCGUGGCUUCUGACCCCUGCCUCCACACCCCCAUGUACUUCUUCCUGGGCCACCUCUCUUUCAUUGACGUCUGCCACUCCUCGGUCACGGCCCCCAAGAUGCUGGUGGAUUUCCUGUCCCUCCAGAAGACCAUCUCCUUCCACGGCUGCAUGGCCCAGCUCUUCUUCCUCCACCUCUGCGCCUGCGCUGAGAUCUUUCUCCUCACCGUCAUGGCCUACGACCGUUACGUCGCGAUCUGCCACCCCCUGCAGUACGCGUCGCACAUGAGCCUGAAGGUUUGUUCCUGGCUGGUGGGGGCCCUCUGGGUGGGGGCGACGGUCCACUCCGUGGUGCAGACGGUCCUCACCGUCCGGCUCCCUUACUGUGGGCCGAACGUUUUGGACAGCUUUUUCUGCGACGUUCCCCCAGUCAUCAAGUUGGCCUGCACCGACUCGUACUGGACCGGGGUUCUUAUCGUGUCCAACAGUGGCAUGAUUUCCCUGGUCUGUUUCUUGGCCUUACUGGCGUCCUAUAUAAUAAUCUUGGUGUCCCUAAGACGGCGGACAGCCGAGGGGCGGCGCAAGGCCCUCUCCACUUGUGCGGCCCACCUGCUCGUCGUGCUUUUGUUCCUGGGGCCUUGUAUCUUUAUCUAUACCCGCCCCGCUGGCAGUUUCUCGGCGGAUAAAGUGGUCGCUGUUUUCUACACGGUGGUGACUCCCGUGCUCAACCCGGUGAUUUACACCCUGAGGAACACAGAGGUGAAGAGCUCCAUGAAGAAGCUGAGAGGCCGGAAGAUCUUUUUCAUGGGGAUGUAA